AUGGAAGACUUUGUGAGCGAGACGGACAGCGAGUACACAAGCUACUGGCGGGAUUGGUUCAUAUCGUCCCGGGGAAAUGAAUAUUUCUGCGAGAUUGACGAAGACUAUCUCACAGAUCGUUUCAACCUGACGGGGCUGAACACAGAAGUGCAAUACUACCAAUAUGCGCUCGACCUCGUUACCGACGUUUUUGACCUCGACUGUGAUGACGAAAUGCGUGAAACCAUCGAAAAAUCUGCUCGGCACCUCUACGGCCUCGUCCACGCGCGCUAUAUCGUGACAACCCGGGGUCUUGCUAAAAUGCUGGAAAAAUACAAAAAGUCAGAUUUCGGGAAAUGCCCUCGUGUCAAUUGCCACUCCCAUCCACUCCUCCCCAUGGGCUUAUCGGAUAUCCCAAAUGUGCGGCCCGUCAAGCUGUACUGUGGUCGGUGCGAAGAUAUAUACAAUCCGAAAUCAACUCGCCAUGCCGUUAUCGACGGUGCUUAUUUUGGGACCUCCUUCCACAACAUUCUUUUUCAAGUCUACCCUGCUCUAAUCCCCCCGAAGACAGCCGAACGGUACAUACCUCGGGUGUAUGGCUUCAAGGUGCACGCUUCUGCUGCCCUUAUUCGGUGGCAAAAUACUAUGAGGGACGACAUGAGGCGGAGACUUCGACGACAAGAAAUCGAGAGUGGUUUCAAGGAUGGCGAAUACGAAGAUAUUGAAGAUGAGGAGGAGGAAGAGGAAGACGACCAGUCACGCGAUAACCGAGACCAUCAUGUAUCCAACACGGGCGCCAUGGUAAUAUGA